GUUAUCAGAAAUUCUUUUAUUUGAAAGUUGUUAAAUAUGUUAUUUAAUGCUUGUUUUCACAAGAAAAAAAUCUUGAGAUAGUAUUUGUGAUGAUGAUUAAAUAUUCAUUUUACAUUUGAGACAUGAAAAUAAUAUUUUAAACUAACCUAGUUCCGAAGACUUCUAUGUAUGUUUAUUUGUUCUAUGUGAAUUAAAUGGUGUUUAUAUAAUUGUGUAUAAUUAAUAAUAAAAAUUAAGAGGAAUAAAGUAUUUGUAACGGAACAAUUUAUAAAAAUACAAUAUCUUUUAAUUUCUGACACCAUGGAGGCAAAAUUAAUGGAAGUGAAAAAGAUUGGAACUGAUAAAUAUGAAGAAGUUAAAGUCCCGUUUAAUUUAAAUCAACAUAUAACACCGAUCUGCAAUUUGGAGAAAUUAUGUCGAACAUGCUUAUUACCCGCUGAAAUGACUGUUUCGAUAUUGUCAAGUGUGGAGGAAGAGAGUGAAAUACGACUCUUAGAUAUGUUAAAAGCUUUCACUUCUAUACGAGAUGUAUCAGAAAGGGGCAUGCCAACUCAAAUCUGUAUGAUGUGCCGCAAUGAACUUAUUAAAUGUCACAAUUUUAAAGUUAAAUGUGAGAAAUCUCAGCACACUUUACAGUUUCUGUUGAAAAGGCAUUUUAUACAGAAGUAUACUAAUAAUGAGAGUGAUCCACAAAUAAAGAACCCCAAAACUGAUAAUGACAAUUUAAAUAUUCAAGAUGAUGACAAAAUAGAAGUCUUAAAAGAAGAAAUGAAAAUUGAAUAUCAGGGAAUUUUUGAUGAUAUUGAGAGUGAUGAUGAGGCUCUUUGCAUUGUACAAGAACAAUAUGAUGAAGAAGAGGAUGAAAGAAAAGUAGAUUUUAAAGAAUCGGAUUUGUUACUGAAAGAAAUAUCUACCACAAAUAGAACAAAGACAAGUGAAACACAGAAAAGUAUACAAAUAUUUACGUUGAAUAAAUGUGUUAAUAAGAGAUUGAAAAAAGGCAAAAAAAGUAAAAGCAUUUUGAAAAAACAGGAGCAAACUAUAGAAAGGGACUCAUAUCCAUGUGUACAAUGCAAAGAGGUCUUCAGUUCUGAACAUGAUCACCAAUUACAUAUGUCUGUACAUAAUACAGUGGGACCAGUGUGGAAAUGCAAAACAUGUUUAAAAGAGUUUGGAUCCAGAGCACAGCUGCGGCGUCACAUACACCGACAUAUGGAGUGGAAGAAGUUCAAAUGUUCAGUCUGUGAGAAGACUUUUGCUGAAUUUUAUUCGCUGCGACGACACAGCCGCGUACACACUGGCGAAACGGUGGAGAAGAAACACGUUUGUGACGUAUGCAGUAAAAGGUUUAGUGACGGUAGCCAACUGUCCGCCCAUAUGUCACAGCACACGAGCGUGCGUCCGUUUGUAUGCGCGAUCUGCGGUAAGACGUUCGCGUCCGCAAGACUGCUGAACUCGCACAGAUUGGUCCACUCGGACCACAAACCUUACGCCUGCAACUACUGUGACAAGCGGUUUCGUCAUGAUUCGACGCGUAACACUCACCACCGCACUCAUACCGGCGAGAAGCCUUAUGUGUGCGCGACGUGCGGCAAAACCUUCAUACAGAACUCUAACUUGCGCCUGCACAUGAGGACACAUACAGGUGAACGUCCUUAUUCUUGUGACAAGUGUGACAAGAAGUUCUCAUCGGGGUCCUCUUUGAAACUUCAUAUGCGCACUCAUAGCGGAGAGAAGCCAUACAGUUGCACAAUAUGUGGAAAAAGAUUUGCACGCAUGGAUUUAAGUGCGCAUAUGCGGAAGCAUACUGGUGAGCGGCCCCAUGCAUGCAGCGUUUGCUCCAAGAAGUUCGUGAAUGCUACACGACUGCGUGAUCAUUGCCGAAUACACACGGGAGAAAAACCAUUCGAGUGUGCUACUUGCACAUUAACGUUUCCAACAAAAUCUCAUCUAGUUAGACAUGUGAAGAAACACCAGUCAAAGUUGAAACCAGAGAAAAAUAUGAGGCAGUAUUUCAUCGUACCACAUAUAGAACCACUACAAUAUAUUAUACAAUCAGAAGUUGAAUCAAAAACCAAACCCGAUGAUGAUUCAAAUAUCAACGAUGAAACAAUGCAGGAAUGUAAUCAAACCAAUGAUGAUAUCACACUGGAGGUGGUGCAUGAUAUGCCAUUAGAAGUUACCGGAGAAUUAGUAGUAAAAGAUGAAGAUGUCCUAAUUGUAGAUAAUAUUCAAAACCAAAGUGGUAAUAUAUAUAUAACCAGAGAACCCAUUAGCCAAUGUGGUAGUUUCGAUAGUAAUGUCAAUUUAAUAACAGUGAAUGAUGGUGAAGUCAACGUAUUGAAUACAAAUCCUCUACUUGAAGGGUCUACGAUGAAUCUAUACCAAGUCGAUCAGACAGAUCCCAUUUCAAAUACAUAGAUCUAAGAUUUCUAGUCCAAAUAUAAUUAACAACAUUAUAUAAAUUAUAUCUAUUAUUUAUUCUGAAAUGGUAAAAUAAUGUUGUUUGUGAAUAAAUGGCUUCGAUUGAUCAAUUAGACUAUAUAUGUAUGUAUAUGAGUACAUAUAAUGUGUAUGUAUACAAGUAUUUACAAUAUGUAUGUAUAUAAUAAUGAAGUAGAUAUACUUAUAUUCAUUUUCUUCCUAUACAGUAUAUAUGUACAUCAUCCACUACUUCAUUAUUAUUAACGCAUUUAUGAUUUAACUCCAUCAUUUGUCGUCUAGGCUAGGUAUCAUAAGGCCGCCAUUUGUAUGUCUCCUCUACAAUUGAAAUUAUAAGUGUUAUGUGUGUGUACAAUAAAGUAUAUUCUAUUCUAUAAUUAAUUAAAACUCU